AUGGUAAUGCAUGCAAGGAAACCUCAGCGAAUAAGCGAUGGGUACUUUGAGAAGCAUCAGGCCCAUCCGUAUCAGAAAUAUCAUUCAAAAAGUGAAAGAAGAGCUGGUAGUGAGUACGUUUCUUCUGACAGCCAGUACACACCUCUCCGAUCCCCCAAUGGUAACCUAUCAACACACGGACACAGCACGCAUACAAGUCACUCCAGCCAUGGCCACCACCACUACCAUGUUGUGGAUGACAGAGGAUACACGACAUCACGGAAUGCUUACAUGCAAAAAGGUUCUGACAAGGAGAGAGAUAGAGACUACAAAUCCUCUAGAAAUAAGUACACAGAUAGUGUCCGAUCACCGAAGGAGAAACGUAGCAAAGAUAGUGAAAAGGAGAGAAGUAAUCAUGAACGAAGUGAAUCAGAAAAAAAGAGUAGGACUAGUGGCAUGAAUAGUGUUAGUAGAAGUAGUAAAUAUGACAAAGCGCCUUUGGCUGCAAUAUGUUCGGACCAUUCUGGUAGUGAGUGGUCAGAGCACAUUAGUUCCUCAGGGAAAAGGUACUACUAUAACUGUGUCAGUGAAGUGUCACAAUGGGAAAAGCCCAGAGAAUGGGACUCAAGAAGAAUGUCAUCCAAAGAUUCAUCAUAUUCUUCAAGAAGCAAUCGUGAUAAAAGGUCAAGCUCCCGAUCGGGGAGGAGAGAAGCAGAGAAGAAUAGUAAAAGAACAAACAGUGCCUCGGAGAGGUACUGGAACAACAGCAGAGACGAGGAGGCGCUCGACCGAACUAGACCAAAACAUUCGGCCUCGGCGCACGACGGCAAAGAUGGCCAAUCAUUACAAGACAUGGACAUAUCUCCAGACCGGAGUACACCGCUGUCGGAAAAUUCCUAUGGUGCAAGAGAGACGAAUUCCACGAUACGGAAUAAUUCUGAAAGUAACGCAGUACCUCCUGUUGUGGUGCUUGACAAUUCAAAUCAACCGAGUGGGUCGCUGCUUGCGGCGGCAUUACCUCGCAUAGUGGCGGCGGCUGUCGUAAUGCCCGCGAACAACGGGGCCGGGGCGUCGCCGAGCACGGGGCCCGGGACCGGGGCUGGGGCCGGGGUGGUGGUGGGGGGCGCGGGCAGCGGGGACAACACGCCGCACCGGGACGCCGGCCCGCCCACUCCCACGCACUCUGAGAGCAUCGACCCGCACGCUCCGCCCCUACAUCUGGACGCGGCGUUGCCCAGGAAGAUGGAGUGCCUGGGCAGCUACUCGUCCGUAGUAGGCGGGGCCUUACACCACGCGCCUCCCAUGCUGACGCCGUCCCUGGUGAACUACAUGCGCGCCGACCUCACCGCACACGUGACCGGCUGGCCAGCAGACAUACUGGAGAAACAGGCCAACAAGUUCACCGAGGAAGCGUACCAGCUGGGCUGCCUGCAGUGCACGCGAGUGUCGGCCGAGCUCAAGUGCGCGCGCUCCCUGGUGCGCCAUACCGAGAUACAGGCCACGCUGCAGGAACAGAAGAUAAUGUACCUGCGGCAACAGAUCUCGCGGCUGGAGGAGCUCAAGUCGCAGAACUCGUUCAUGUCGGAAGACUAG